AUGGUGCACGCCAAAUCCAAGAAGACCGCCGGGCUCGGCAAUGCCCUGAUGAACGAUCGCUUCGGUAAGAACCGCGGUAACGACAGGAAGAAGACCUCGGCCAUCACCAGAGUAAACCAUGCUACAGGAGAAGAGUACCUCACGAAUGAGCGACCAGAGGCGUCAUGGGUCAAGAUGCGAUCGGUCACCGAGCAGGGCGCCCUCGACGAGUUUCUUGCGACAGCAGAGCUGGCGGGCACGGACUUCACCGCUGAGAAGAUGAACAACAUCAAGAUCAUCCACACCGACCAGAAGAACCCGUAUUUGCUGUCCGGAGCAGAGGAGAGGGGCGUCCUCGCCAAACAGAAGGAUCACAAGGGACGCUUGACGGUGCCGAGAAGGCCGAAAUGGGAUGCGUCUACCACCCCAGAAGAGCUGGAUAGGAGGGAGAGAGAUAGCUUCUUGGACUGGCGCAGAGGUCUGGCGGAACUCCAAGAAAACAACGAUCUUCUGAUGACCCCUUUCGAGCGAAACCUCGAGGUUUGGAGGCAGUUGUGGCGUGUCAUUGAAAGAUCAGAUCUCGUGGUCCAGAUUGUCGACGCCCGAAACCCCUUGCUGUUCAGAUCCGAGGACUUGGAGAACUACGUCAAGGACAUCGACCCCAAGAAGGAGAAUCUGUUGCUCAUCAACAAAGCCGACAUGCUUACGCUGACCCAGCGCAAGAUGUGGGCUAAGUACCUGAAGGAGAACGGCAUUGCUUACAGGUUCUUCUCCGCAAGUCUUGCAAAGGAGAUGUUGGAGAUGCUGGAGGAGGAGGAUUCUGACUCAGAGGAACCGGAGGCCAGCAGCAGCUCUCAACCUCCACCGAAAAACACUGCCUCUGACGAGGAAAGCAGUGAUGAUGCCGCCGAAGAGGAGCGCUCAGAGGAAGAGGAUGAUCAAGAGGGCGGUGCGGGUGCGUCACAGCAGGAAGCAGCAGCCGAGGUUGACGACGAGGACACCCGUAUCUUGACAGUCGAGGAGCUGGAGGGAAUUUUCCUCAGCCACGCUCCUGAGAAUGCAGAGCCAGGCCACAAACUGCAGAUCGGUCUUGUCGGAUAUCCCAAUGUCGGAAAGUCGUCUACCAUCAACGCCUUGAUUGGCGCCAAGAAGGUGUCAGUUUCAUCAACACCAGGAAAGACGAAGCACUUCCAGACCAUCCACCUCAGCGAGGACGUCAUCCUAUGUGAUUGUCCUGGUCUGGUCUUCCCCAACUUUGCUAGCACUAAGGCCGACCUGGUUUGUAACGGUGUCUUACCCAUCGAUCAGCUGCGAGAAUUUCAAGGGCCUGCCGGCCUCGUCGCGCGCAGAAUCCCAAAGCCUUUCCUAGAGGCGGUUUACGGAAUCCACAUCAAGACCCGCGCCCUUGAGGAAGGAGGUACUGGAAUCCCUACUGCGGCGGAGCUGCUUUCCGCCUAUGCCAAAGCCAGAGGCUUCACGACCCAGGGACUGGGUCAGCCUGACGAGUCGAGAGCUUCCCGCUACAUCCUGAAAGAUUAUGUGAACGGUAAGCUUCUUUACUGUGAGCCGCCACCUGGAACCAUCGAUGGUCCCGAGUUCAACCAGGAGCUCUACGAUGCCAGUCAUCUUCCCGAGAAGAGACGCCAAGCAGUCAACGCGUCUCUCGACACCAUGUCGUUCGUCGGCGAUGAUAUCUCAAUAGCCCCUUCCGACCUGACACUUCUCCCGGCUGGCCCGAAAUCCAAGAAGAUUGACAAGGGUUUCUUUGGCCCUGACGGCACUGGAACCGGGCAUCUCAAGAUGCCAUUUGCUCACAAAUACUCGGAGCGGGGCCAGAAGCACUUGAGUGGAAGAAAGGCGCGGGCGAUGAUUGCUCUGGAGAAUGGCGUCGACCCUAAGGAUGUGAAGCUAUCGUCAGGAAAGAAGCACUUUAAGGGAGGUGCGAAGAGCAGGAAGGCCAAGAAACCGGCCAACGAGGAUGACGACUAG